CACAAAUACUACGUCACACCGGGAUGUUGGUUGGCAGUGACUGCUUAGCAGCCAACAUGGAAGUAGGGCAGAAUUUGCUGUUAGGGGGUCCUGUAUCUGUCAGAGAAAUGCUACGAGACGAAUGUUAUACAGAUUUUCUUAGAGAUGACUUUGAUGUUAAAAUCUACACAUCUCAAUCCAUUCAUCAAGCUGUGAUAGCAGAACAAUUAGCAAAAUUGGCUCAAGGUAUCAGUCAACUUGAUAAAGAACUCCAUUUGCAGGUAGUAGCAAGACAUGAAGACCUUUUAGCACAAGCAACCGGAAUCGAGUCUUUGGAAGGAGUUCUUCAAAUGAUGCAGACUAGAAUUGGAGCUUUGCAAAGUGCAAUAGAUAGAAUCAGAACUAAAAUUGUGGAUCCAUAUAACAAAAUUGUGUCCCGUACUGCACAGCUGGCACGCCUGCAGUCUGCUUGUGAUUUGCUUCGAAGAAUUAUACGGAUUUUGUAUCUCAGCAAAAGACUUCAAGGUCAGCUGCAGGGUGGAAGCAGGGAGAUCACAAAAGCUGCUCAAAGUCUCAGUGAACUGGACUAUCUGUCCCAAGGAAUGGAUCUAUCAGGAAUAGAAGUGAUUGAAAAUGAUCUGCUUUUCAUUGCUCGAGCCCGCCUUGAGGUUGAAAAUCAAGCCAAGCGAUUAUUAGAACAAGGUGUUGAAACACAGAAUCCAACACAAGUUGGAACAGCGCUUCAAGUUUUCUACAAUCUUGGGGCACUGAAAGAUAUCAUCACUAGUGUUGUGGAUGGCUACUCUACAGCUUUAAAUGAGAAUAUCAGCAGUGCCUUGGAUAUCAAGAUUUUAACCCAGACGUCACAAGCAGUACAAAGAGGUGCACCAGGACGAGCUGCUAUGCCUUCACCAGGGAACACUGCUGCUUUCAGAGCUGCUCUUUGGACAAAUAUGGAGAAAUUAAUGGACCAAAUUUAUGCUUCAUGUGUCCAGGUCCAGCAUCUUCAGAAAGUCUUGACAAAGAAGAGAGACCCUGUGUCCCAUGUGUGCUUCAUUGAUGAAAUAGCAAAGGAUGGGCAUUCAGAUAUCCUGUACAAAUUUUGGAGUUCUGUUACUCAGAUCCUUUCAUCUCAGUUUGAGAAAGCAACAAACUGCUCAAUGUUUCUGAAACAGGCCUUUGAAGGGGAAUACCCUAAAUUGCUAAGACUGUACAAUGAUUUGUGGAAGCGUCUUCAACAGUACAGUCAGAAUUUACAAGGCUCAUUUUCAAACAGUGGAAACUCUGAUCUUGUUUCUGACCUGCAGCCAACUGAAGAUGAUGCACAGGAUAUCUUUAUAACAAAGAAGCAAGAUGUUGAUGCAGAAAAGAUGCUAAAGGACUCUCUUCAACCUUAUGAAGCUGCUUACUUAUCUAAAUCAUUAUCUCGUCUUUUUGAUCCAAUUAAUCUAGUCUUCCCACCUGGUGGUCGUAACCCUCCUUCAGCAGAUGAGCUUGACAGCAUCAUAAAAACUAUUGCGAGUGAAAUGAAUGUGGCUGCUGUGGAUCCAAGCCUUUCCUCUGCUGUCUCUAAAAAUAUAGCAAAGACAAUACAACUUUAUGGUGUUAAAUCUGAACAGCUUCUAUCCACACAAGGAGAUGCAAGCCAGGUGAUUGGACCUCUCACUGAAGGGCAACGAAGAAAUGUUGCAGUAGUGAAUUCACUCUACAGACUACACCAGUCCAUCCAAAAGGUUAUAUCUGGUCAGAGUUCACUCUCAGCUGCUGCUGAGCAAGUCAUUUCUUCUGCCUUAAAGGUCAUUUUUAACCUUAUGGGAAAUGCUGUCCAGCCUUUACUGAAUUCUGUUGCUGACUCUAUAGAGGCAAUCAUUAUAACUAUGCACCAAGAAGACUUUGCUGGCAACCUGUCGAACUCGGGAAAACCAGAUGUGCCAUGUUCUUUGUAUAUGAAAGAAUUGCAAGGGUUUAUAGCACGAGUUAUGAGUGACUACUUCCGACACUUUGAGUGUUUGGACUUUGUCUAUGACAACACUGAAGCAAUUGCACAAAGAGCCAUUGAAGUCUUUAUUCGCAAUGCAAGUCUAUUAAGACCCCUUGGUGAAGGUGGCAAAAUGAGACUAGCUGCUGAUUUUGCACAGAUGGAAUUGGCAGUGGCUCCUUUAUGCAGAAGAGUUGCAGAUCUUGGAAAGUCAUACCGGCUGUUGCGAUCCUUUAGGCCUUUGCUGUUCCAGACCAGUGAGCAUAUAGCAAGCAGCUCAUCUGUGGGAGACCUCAUCCCUUACAGUGUCAUUCUGCAGUUUCUUUUCACAAGGGCCCCCCCGGACUUGAAAUCCCCAUACCAGAGAGCAGAAUGGUCCAUUGCCCGUUAUUCCCAGUGGCUGGAUGAUCACCCAUUGGAGAAAGACCGACUGGCUCUUAUCAAGGGAGCACUAGAGGCCUAUGUGCAGUCUGUGAAAGCCAGAGACGGCAAGGAAUUCGCACCAGUCUAUCCCAUUAUGGUUCAGCUUCUUCAGAAAGCCAUGUCAUCCAUACAAUAGCCUUUAAUUGCAUCUGUUAAUGCUAACUUUAUAAAAUCAAUGUUUUAUUACAGUUAUUUUCUAAAUGUUCUGGGCCUUUCCCAUUUUUGGUUUAUAGCAGAGUGCAGUUGGAAGGACUGCUUGCAUAUAAAAUCAGUCCUGUGCGUAUUUGGUUCCUCUAGGAGCAAGAGAAGCUACUUUGUCAUGUACAUUUGCUCUUAUUCUUAAACACUAUUCAAUCAAAACAUCUUGUUCUUUAACCCACAUGUACAACAACAAGCUAAGCCCCCCCCUUUAUUAUCCUGGAAGUUCCUUCCAACUGACAAAUGAGUCAAUGGGAAAAUUGCAGGUGUUUCUCUUACCUUGGGGUAAAAGCCAAUUUAAUCUGCAGUGACAAAUGCCAGGAUCGCACCAGCCCCUGCUACUAAUGAAACCUACACACUAUAGAUGUGUGACAUUUCCCCUUGCAGUAGUAAAGGCGUAGCACAUCCUUGGUGGAAUAGUGCAAAUGCAUCCCAUCCAUUCUCACAAGCUGUAGCCAUAGUCAAUGGGCAUGAUGCUGGGUAACAGCUUUCAGCUCUGCUUUUAUAUGUAAUCAGUCUUAAAAUUGGAGUUUUCUGUCACUAAUUGUUCAACUAUUGUUCAUAUACCAGUAAAAUACUAUAUUGAAGAUAGUAGUGUACAUUCAAACAAUCAUAUAAGCAAAAGAUGAAUUCAUAAUAAAUUUUCAUUACAAGAGUACUAAAUGCAAAGACAACUUUACCUUUUAUUGCACAUUAACGUAUGAAUCCAGAGCACUAGUUAAACAAUAUUUAUUUGAAAUAUACAAGAAUAUAGUGUGCAAAAAUUAUAGGGGCAAUAUUAUGUUUCCACAAGUUCCAGACAAACUGUUUUCCAGCUGUGAUUCUUGAAUAGUAACACAAAUAGCCAUGAUUGCAGCAGUUCAUAGCCCUGGGGCUACAACCAAACAAAGAAAUGCAGCUGUUCAACCUGACAGUUGCAAGAAAAGUAAAGUGCAAGUGUUGCACCAGUGAUAAGUGCAAGGUCAGCCCCACAUUGUACAUGAUAUUUUCUCUAGCAAAAUAUAAUCUUUGUAGAUUCUUCAGCAAACUACAUUACUAAGCCAUAUGCUUUUAACACCUUGUCCUCUGGUGAGGUCUGAAUGAACUCCAGGAAGCGAAUGAUCCGCCCGGCAAGUACAAGAAGCUCAGUGGCGCGGGAUAGUCAGUUAGUGCUCAUGCACUUUGCAUUAAAAUAUCACGUCAGAAAAAUACAAAUUCUAACGUCAGAGAUAAUUUAUGCAAUACAUAUUAAUAAGCAGUAGGGUCAAUAAACAGCAGUUAUAUGUUCUAUAAGUUCCCCUUUUAUCUGUAGUCAAACAAUAGGCUGAUACACACCUCAUUUAGCACCACAGGAUAUCAAUUUUCAAGCCUGUUACCUGAUAACAUAAAUUUUCAAAAAAUAAGGCAAUUUGGUUUAAAAUAUUGAUAUUUUGCAUACUUAAUGCUAUACAUAAUUUUUUUUUCUUUAAAAAAAAACCUUCACUCAUUCAAUCCAUUUUUCUGCCAGAAUCUCUUCUGCUCACAAAGACUGAGAAUAAUCGUGAGUGUGUUUUUCUUUCUUUCUUUCUCAUUGAUGCGGACACACAGCACUUCCACAAGGAUUCAGCAACAUUCUUGUUUAAUGCUGUUGGGAACCCUGGGUUGAAAAAAAUUAUAUAUAAUAAAUAAAACUGGGAAGCCA